AUGAGUCCAGAUGCUUUCUGGCUUUGCAAGAUAUUCAGAGCAGAAGAAAACAAGAUCAGUUCUAAGAUGUCUUUGGAGGAAGUGCUACAACGGUCUCAGUCUUUUGAAAAGCUGAUAACAUGUAAGUAAUUGUAUGCUUAUGGGCCUAUGAUCUACAAGACCUACUUGAAGACACAGCACAGUGAUGAAAAAGAAUUCUUGCUUGCUUGUGAAGCUUAUAAGAAGAUCACAUCACAGAAAAGGAUUGCUGUGGCCAGGAAACUUUUUACAAGUUACAUUCAACUCCAGGCUCCCAGUGAGAUUAACAUUGACAGUCCUGCGAGGAAAACAAUUAUAAGGAAUAUUCAAGAGCCAACACAGUUCUGUUUUGAUGAAGCACAGAGGAUAAUUUACAUGCACAUGGAAAGAGAUUCUUAUCCAUGGUUUAUUGAAUCUAAGUUCUAUCAAAAACUCAAACACAGGCAUUUAGAAAGGUUUAUUCUGGCAUGCAGUU